UUAAAAUGUCAUAUAAUAGAGGCAGAGGAAGAGGAUAUAGAGGCGGCUAUGGAGACUACCAAAAUCAUAGAGGUGGAUAUAACCACAGAGGAGGUAGAGGCCGUGGACACAAUAAUUACUCAAGCUACAAUAGCUACAUGAACCAUGGAGCUAGAGGAGGUCAUGGUAUGCCUAUGCCUCCAGGCCCUCCUGGUACAGGCAUUGUUAUUCCACCAGAAAUGAUGGCUGAAUUACAGAAGAAGAUUCAUGAGAAGUUCCCUGAUGCUAAGAUCCCAUUUGUAACUGAAAACUUUAUGAAUAAGAUGCCUCUAACGAUUCCUGUUUCUAACAUGAGGUUCAAACCUCCUAUGCAUUUAGUCCCCAACUCAUCAGGAUAUUAUGGAGAUUCAAACAAGAAGAACAAAAAGAAAGAGGAGACUAAGAAGCAGCCUGAAGAAAACAAGACUAAGGAAGCACCAGAGAUAUUAUUUGACAACAGCAAUCUUGAUGAGAAAGUCAUUUCUAGACAAGAAAUAGAGCAUUACAAAGAACUUGAGAAGUACGGCAAUAAGGAAUACCUAGAUAUGAAGAUCAAGGAGAAGGCUAAAGUCAUUAUGGAAAAGAUGAAGAAAAGAGCUUCUGAUGCUUCACCAGAGAAUAUCAAGGAAAUUUAUAAGGAAAUCUUCACCAAUAUGAAAGAGACAGUCAAGAAGCUCAAGCAGACUAUGAUGGAGAAUAUCCAAAAGAGAAUUGAAGAGAAUAUCGCUGCUAUAAGAGCUGAGAUCCAUAACACUCAGAGAAUUUGUGAGGAUUUUGAGUAUGUGUUCUGUAAAGGAGAAGACUUGAGCAAAAUUGAACCUUCCAAAAGAAGAGAGAAAAUCGAUAUUCCGAAGGAGUUCAAGAUUGACAAACUUAUUGAGCUACAAGAGAAAGAGAAGAUCCAGAAACACAUUGAGGAGUUGCCUCCGAAUGAGAGGAUCGAGACUCAGAGGAACAUCACUAUAUGUCAUACUUAUUUCACUGACUUGAUAGCCUCGAUAAGACACAAGUUUGGAGAUAUCUCGAAAUUCGAGGAGUUAGACUAUCUCUCAAAGAAGGAUAUUGAUGAAGUUGUUGAAAAGGUCAUGGCUGAUUUUGUUCCAAUUAACCUAUUCUCAGAGACCAGAGACACACUGAAAAAGGGCACCAAUCCAGCUCUUUACUCUUUUGAAUGGAAUUCGAAUCUGGUGAAUAUCUACCAAAUUAAAGAGAGAAAGAGUGAAUGUAGGGUUGUCAAGUUCCCAAAUGGCUUCCCUAUAUUCUCUCGGUUAGCCAUCACUUAUGAAGGAAGGGUAUUCCUCACAGGUGGGUUUUUCAAAGAACUGGAACAAUCUCUCAGGACUGUAUAUGAAUACAUUGAAAAGGAAAAUAAGAUGAAGAGAAGAGCUAAUAUGAUCUACAGGAGAUCUGACCACUCCUUAAUUUACAACAAGGGAUAUAUCUAUGCUGUGGGUGCUUUUGUAGAAGGUAAAAUCUCUAAUUCAGUCGAGCGAUAUGACGUUAAGAAUAAUGUCUGGGAAGAAAGAGACUUUAUGAAUGUUCCCAGAGCAGGAGUUGGUCUAUGUGUCUUCAAUUCCAAUUACCUGUUUGCCUUUGGUGGAAGAAAUGAAUACAACACUCACCUAAAUGUGAUCGAAUCUUACGACAUUGCGAAAGACAUCUGGAGGGAAAUAGACUAUGCUAAGACAGAACUCUGGGAAGAAGGAGCGUAUCUAUCUCAAGCCCAUCAGAUUUCAAAGGAUAAGAUUAUUAUAUUUGGAAAAUCAGGUGGUCAUUCUGAAGGAGAAGUGAAAUCAUGAUAUGAGUUCUCACCAGAGACUGGAGAAUUCACAGAAGCUACUCACCUAUCAAAACACUCUGCUUUCAUUAACUCUGGUAUCUGCUAUGAUGACAACCUUUACUAUGUUGGAAGUGGGUUUAGGAUCCACAGGUAUAACCUUGAUGAGAAGAAAUGGUCUAUUGAAGGGAAGAAAACUAGCGAAGAAUAAUAAUUUUUGAAUACAAAGCUACUACACACCAAAAUAUAU